AGCAGCUCGUGUUUCCGAGGGGGAAGCUUUUAUGGGCUGCUGACGCGGUUUGCAAGGGAGGACUGGAAAUCUCUGUUACUUGGUUGCGGGACGGGACCCUGGAGAGGCGGAGGAAGUUUUGUGAGGACAACGAGAAAGACGCCGGUGACCAGGCUUUAGUUGGAAGCAUCUGUCGACGGGUUGACCUCUUCUGGGACUUUGUAGGUGUGAAGGAACUUCUGGGGAAGGACAGUCGGUUUCUCAAAACGGCAGCGGAUUACGUUUGCGACAUGUCACCAACUAUCUCACUCAAAGACAGCAGUCGGCAGCGCCGGCCUGGAAGCUACCAGCAUCCUCAGGAUGUGAUGAAGAACCAGCCUUCGCCCUUGGACCUUUAUGAGGAUGGCCACGCUGAGACCAUUGGUGGUGAUGACGAUGGAGAAGCUCUGCUUCAGGAAGCGAACUCUAGACCCACUGGGCCUCCCCGAGGCUAUCGAGCAGAGCUGGGCAGUAUCUUGCUUCUCCUUUUCCUCUAUGUGCUGCAGGGUAUUCCUUUGGGACUUGCGGGCAGCAUACCCCUUAUCUUACAAAGCAAGAACGUGAGCUAUACAGACCAGGCUUUUUUUAGUUUUGUUUUCUGGCCAUUCAGCCUUAAGCUGCUUUGGGCCCCCAUGGUGGACGCUGUAUACUUCAAGAAAUUUGGUCGCCGCAAGUCUUGGCUGGUGCCCACUCAGUAUACCUUAGGCCUUUUUAUGAUGUACCUGUCUCGGCAGGUGGACUCGCUACUUGGGGAAGCAGAUGGCAAAAGCCCAGAUGUGGUGGCACUUACUGUGACUUUCUUCUUAUUUGAGUUCCUGGCAGCCACUCAAGACAUAGCUGUAGAUGGCUGGGCAUUGACUAUGUUGUCCAGGGAGAAUGUGGGCUAUGCUUCCACUUGUAAUUCUGUGGGUCAGACAGCUGGUUACUUCUUGGGCAAUGUCUUGUUCUUGGCCCUUGAAUCUCCUUCCUUUUGUAACAAAUAUUUGCGCUUUCAGCCUCAACCACGUGGGAUUGUUACUCUUUCAGAUUUCCUGUUUUUCUGGGGAGCCAUUUUCUUAAUCACCACCACCUUCGUUGCACUCUUGAAAAAAGAAAAUAGGGAAGUAAGCCCAUCAAGAGAAGAAACCAAAGGCAUCAUGGAUACUUACAAGCUGCUUUUCUCCAUUGUCAGAAUGCCAGCAGUCUUUACAUUUUGUGUCCUGAUUUUAACGGCAAAAAUUGGCUUUUCAGCAGCAGACGCAGUUACGGGACUGAAGCUGGUCGAAGAGGGGGUACCUAAAGAACACUUGGCUCUGCUCGCUGUUCCGAUGGUUCCGCUGCAGAUCAUAUUGCCUCUGAUCAUCAGCAAGUACACAGCGGGUCCACAACCCCUUAACACGUUUUACAAAGCCAUGCCAUUCAGGUUACUGCUUGGGUUGGAAUUUGCCCUCGUGGUUUGGUGGACUCCCAGCGUAAAAUAUGAAGGAGGAUUUCCCAUCUAUUACUAUCUUAUAUUAUUGCUGAGUUAUGCUUUGCAUCAGAUUACACUGUACAGCAUGUAUGUUGCUGUAAUGGCUUUCAAUGCCAAAGUGAGUGACCCACUCAUUGGCGGAACCUACAUGACGCUUCUUAAUACAGUAUCAAACCUGGGAGGAAACUGGCCUGCCACUGUAGCUCUUUGGCUUGUGGAUCCACUUACAGCAAAGGAGUGUGUCAGUGUUCAAGGACACAAUUGUGGGACUGCAGCCGCUGCUGAACUUUGUACAAAAGAAGGUGGCUCGUGUGUAAUUACCCUUGAUGGUUAUUAUGUGGAGUCUAUAACUUGUGUUGUUUUAGGAUUUGCUUGGUGGCUCUUCCUUGGACCGAAAUUUAAAAAGCUGCAGGAUGAGCGACCAACUUCGUGGAAAUGCCGGAGAACCUGUUAAUGGGAAUCACAUACUGGAAACAUAAGCUAUGUUUUGGCUUAGUCCUGGGACAAAUGCAUCUUCCCUAAAUUAAGUUAACGAGAGAAAAAGUUUAUCUGUGGGAAAAAACAGUCAAUGUACAUAUGCCAAAUGACUUCGUGCAAAAAAAGAAAAAAAUAAAUCCAGGAAAAUAAAAUAUACACACACACAUCUGCAAUAGUUCACCUUCCCCAUGUGAAAUUAUUCUUUAAGUGAGAAAAAUCACACUCAGACAGCGUUUUCAGACUAUGGAGCUAUUUUGACCAAAAGUCAACAGCUGUCUAAAAACCAAGGUUAUUUCAUAGUACGAAUCUGCAGAUAUGAUGCACUUUCACACUAUAAUUUAAUGCAAAUGCUGAAUGUGCACUGCUAGAACACCUUAGAAAGGAUAAGCAAAUUAUUCCCUUCUGAUAUUUUAUAUGGGAGAGAACAGUUCAUUAUUGAAGAUUCUCUUGUGUUAUUUUUCCUGGCUUCUACAAGCUUUAAAGAGUUAUAAGAGGAAUAUUUUUAUCAAGGUGAAAAUGUCUCUUUUGAAACAUGUACUGACUUAUUUGAAGGCACUUUGAGUUUCAAGUAGAAAUGGUUUCUUCAUUGCAGAGUUAUGAGGUGGAAUGAAUUUACUGGGCAUUAUGAUGAUCAUAACCAGUAAUAAGGCAGGGGUCUUAGUGCUGUAUAAGGGGCUUUCUGAAUAUUAGAAGCAGGUGUAAAGUCAGUGUGUUCAGUCUCUGUGUGUGAGCAUGGGAGCAUACCUUUUGGUGGUUGGAUGUAGAAUCCAAAGAACACUAGACAAAAGAGUCCUUAGUUUUUACGAAGAAUUUUUGCAAGAUAACAAAGUUGGGUUUGGAUUCCAAGGCUUCCUUCUGCUAAGUGAGUAUCUUCCUCUGAUGAAGGAAGGGUUUCACUCAGUAGUAAAAUUUUGUUUGGAGCCAAUGUCACUUAAGGGAGACAUUCCAUCAUUCCUAGCUGGUACCACCCAGUUUCUAAAAAGGAAUGAUAAUUCUUAAGAGGAAAUUGUCGCUUUAGUGCCUUAAAGAUGUAUAGGAUAUAAAUGGUAAAGGGGGCACUAUAGUUUGUUGGGUAUAGACAGUACAUCUUUCAUGAUACUAAAAUGCCUUCCAAAGGUAUGACAAGUUAGUGUGGGACUCUUGCUGAAGGUGAUAUGAAAUGCCAAAGUACUGGUAUCAGUUAUUUCUGAGGUUGACUUCUUGCUAGAAUAUUCCUGAUUCAAGUGAAUCCUGGUCUCUUAUAGUAUAGUUUCCUUAAGCUCCUUACAAGAGGUAGCUAGCACACCGAUCCUAUGUACACUUACUUUGGAACGAGUGCCGUUGAAAUUACUGGGACCUGUUUGCAAGAAAUGGGUUUAGAAUUUGGAGUUGGAGCUUUAACACUAUCAGAAUUUUUUUUAAAUAUCCAAAUUAACAUGGCCCUGGCCUAAACUCCUCCUCACCUCAUAUCUUCCAUAUCUCAUCUGAUGAGAACAGCAAAGAAGCACUCCAUAGUUUGGCAACUUGUAACCUAAGCACAGUUGGAUAUGAAUUUCCUGACAGAGUCCAAUUUAGGUUAAGUGAUUCAGUCAAGGGAUUGCUGUGUUAACUGCAACCAUCAGUUUAGAUGCAUUUGGAGCAGAAUGUCCUAUUACCAUAAGCUGCUCAAAAGCUUUUGGGAUUGGAAGAUGUUGGUAUGUUGUACUGGUUGAACCACACAGUCUUCAUUUGGUCUUGUUUGAUAGAAAAUUAGGUUCCAAAUUUUAGUGAUCCCUUGUUUCUCUAGCAGCUUGAUCUGUAGACAUUUGGUUUCCAUAUCGUGAAAAAGUCUUUGGUCUUUCACAGAUCAAGCAGUUCUAAGGGUUUGGUAAAGGCUGUGCUGACUUUGUCAACCUUAGCCAACUUUGAGGAUCUAGUUUUUUUUUCCCUUUCGGUAUGUUGUUCAAACAUAAUAAUGCUUUCUCUUGUAGCACAGUUCAGAUAAUAGUUUAAAUUAUCCUGUUUACUUGAAUGAAAAAUCCAGUGAGCUCUUCAAACACUUUCAUUUCCACUAGUUGUUUACAGUAAGCUGAUUUUUAUCUGCCUUAAAUUCAACCUCGUAGGCUGGAUAAGCACAAGUAAAAUAACUUUAAUUUUACUUCAUUACUGCGUUUUUAUUUGCUGUUCCAUUUAUCCUUGGUGUCACAGCAUUGAUAAAAAAAUCCCAGUUACUUUAUGCAAAAUGGUAUUUCAUCAGCAUCUGGAAGGGGCUACUCCUAGAAAAAGAUAUCUAGGUUGAGCAUAUGCAUAAUACAGUUCUGGUUAGCCUUUAUAUAUUUUACAAUUCUGUAUUAUUGUUCCUACCAUGUGCCAAGAUAAAUAAAGGUUUAUUCAGUUUUUUUUAAAAAAAUGUCUGAUGCACAAGAGUAAAUUUUUGUGAAUACCAAAUGAAAACUAAAACCAGAAUCAAUAGCAAAGCACAAUCCAGAAGGUCUGUGAGGCAAUGAGAUCUUCCAAAUUUACUGUCCAAAGAGAAGCACAGUUAGCUCAGCAUUCCCAAGAGAACUUUAGGCUUGUCUUCUCAACUCUACCAUGCCACAUAUUAAAACCUUUUGGUUAAAGGGCCAAAGACCAUCUUUCAGGGCAUACUCACAUAGUGGAGCUAAAUUCACAUUCGUACCAUUUUGGAUUCUGAUGUGAGGGUGAUAGUUGCUUUCACCUCAAGUUAAUUUCUUUUCAGUGGAUUGAUCUCAGCUGGUAAGAUAACAUUCUAAAAACCACAGCAGCUAUUUAAUCUGGUUGCAGACAGAAUAAUCUGGGUUGGUUUUUUUAAAAAAAACACCCUAUUUAGAUUUAGCUAGGGAUAAUUUGGCAACAUGAUAUAGUUCUACAUUGAAGUGACAAUAUUUCCUCCAAAUGUAUCUUCUUUUUCCUCCUCACUGUGCAUAAAAAGGAGCAAACAUUCUGUUGUUGAAGGUCAACUGGACUACAGUAUGUGAAGCUGCAACUAGGCUAAUAUUUUAGACUAAGGUACAAGACUAAGGUGCAUUGGUGGAAGGGACAAUUCUAAUGAGAGUCUGAAGGACUUUCACGGAGGUCUGAUUUAAAGAAGGUGUUUGCAUAAUUGCAAUAAAUGAAAAUACAUUUGUCAGAUGAAUGAGAGAUCCUAGAUAGCCGUUCAGCUUUCAAGUACAAUUUCCUCAUGAAAAGUGGACACAUAAUCUUGCUCCACUGGAGUAUUACUAGUUUCCUUAUGUGUAGGAGAAAGGCAUGCUGAGCUGUGAUAAGAGUAUUAUUUGAUAACUGCAGCUUAAACUUAUUAACAAGUGCUGUACUUAAAAACAUUACCUCAACCUUUGUUGGGUAUUUAAAAAAGCUAAGCUAUUGUUUCUGGGUAUUUUGCUUAAUUGUAAAGUUGCUGGGUUUUUGAGAGUGCUGUUUGUGUUUGUCUGGAUUUUAAUUCCUUGGGAAUUCUAUUUGUAUCUACAAAGUUUCAUCAGACAUAUCCACAGUGGUAUUGUUUAACAAUAUAUACUAUUACCUUCUUUUGAAGAAGACUAAAUCUCAAGUUACUUGAUAUGAAUACAUUAUACAAUCAACUGCAUUUAAAGCAUUUUCUGAGUAAUACAGUACUUGGAAAAGAACUUUUUAAUAUUUGCUGCAGUGGACCAUGCUAGAAGUUGGCUUUAACUGAGAAAUGAUUCCGUUACGGCCAGGAACUCUCUGGAAUUAUUACUUUGGAUAUAAUGUAGUAGGGAAACCAGAGUUAUAAUGUAUAUGCUGAAUUAUUUUUGAAUGUUUGGUUACUUUUUUAUUUGUUGCAAUAUAUUGUAAAUUAAAGCAUUGCCAUUAUAAAAUAAAAGCAGUUUCAUUUAUUUUAAGCGGUUAUUAAUCGUAUUAUAGACCAGGGCAAAAUUGUUGAUUCACUGACAAAUGGCCAGUUUCUAGUAGGCAACAUAACCGUGCUUAUCCUUGUUUUACCAAAAGUGUUUGGUUUCUCCACUACGUUUCCAUUUAAAGCUUUAAUAUUAUGUAGAUCCCUGUUAAUUAUCAGAUCACAGUAUAGUUUCUUUGCCAUUUGAAGUGCUAAGUUCAUGGAAGCGCCUUAUUAGACAGCCUUGGAAGUUUGUUUCAAUAAAGCAAUAUUUCAAUUUUAA